UUGCUUCAGGAUUUAGUAUACAUAUAUAUAUAUAUAUAUUGCACUUUUAUUAAUACUGAGCAAAGUCGGGGUGACGUUGAUCAUAUAUUUGAAAGAAGCAGCCAAUCACUGAUACAAAACUGCUCACGACAUUGGAUGUCGGUAUCAGAGUUUUGGCGCGGCCGUACACACUAGGAGUGAUCAUCAGUGGAAUGAGGAAAGGAUGGCAAGCUGCACGCACGUCUUCCAGAUUUCUGGGAUUAAGAUCCGGGAUAAGAAGAGAGUUUUGGUCAAGAUAAUCCACCAGCUGGGUGGAAAAUACAUUGGCAGCUCAGUCUAUCAGCAUGCCUCCACCCAUCUCAUAAUCCCUCAGGUUUUGUCCAGCGAGAAGUUUUUGGCAGCCUGUGCUGCAGGAAAGUGGGUUGUGACUCCAGAAUAUGUGCUGGCCAGUUUUAAGAAUGGUUCCUGGCUCACGGAGGGACCCUAUGAAAUUGCCAUUUCCACAGGUGUCGCGUCUUCCAUCUACCCUGUCAGGCAGUGGAGGGAGAAGGUGGCUAGUGGGAGGCUAACCGGGGCCUUCCAAGGCUGGAGGGUUCUUCUGAUGGUCCAAGAGCCCACCCGCAGGGCCAUGUUCAAACGGCUCCUAAAAGCAGGCCGGGCCAAAGUAUACCACUGCCCUCCUCCCACUCAUGCCUCUGUCACUCAUGUCAUGGCUAAACCUGUCACCGAGGACUCAAAAUCCCACAAUGCUCCAUGCUACCCUGUAAGCCACAUUGUCCAGCACCUCUUUGGGAGCCACUGUGUGGAUAUGAAGUUCAACAUAAUGAAAGAUGAUCCAGAAGAGACAAAGGACAGUUUUGUUGAUGUGGACUUCUCUAAGCUGGAGAAAGAGCUACGGGACUAUGUCAUCAAACAAGAGGGCCGGCCGAGACUGGGCCUGCUUGAAUUUCUGGGUUACCAUGACCCGUACCGGCCUCAGUCCCAGGCUACAGAAACAGACUUCAGCAAUGUUGGUAGUAUGAUAGAGUGUGGCCUCUUUACUGAAGCCUUGGACUCAAUCAGAAGUGCUAUGUUCCCAGGCCUGCUGCCACCAGCGCCAUACCUGGUCUCCCUCUUAGAAUAUGCACAGCAGGGUAACGCCACAUCUGUCUUCCUGAGGAAUUUCCUGCAGGUCAUGUAUAACCUGCUUGUCACCAACCCUCCCUGGCUGGCUCCCAGCACAGUGAAAAAAUAUUUUUCCAAGGUGUUGCAGUGCCCUCGAUGCAAAAUGGGCCCGUGGCCUUAUCUAGAGACAGCCAUCAGUUACUGCCUGUCUAGUGAGGUCACUUGUCACCCGCUCCCUGGACCAGCCCUGCCAACACUGUUACAUUUCCAUAGUGACCUCCUGGCAUUUUUCCUCAAGCUCUUCCAGGGGGAACUCCACUCUGUCACCACCGGGGAGUGUGUGUUGCCUGAGGGAACAGGAGUCUCUCAGGCUUCAGCUUCAGGAUCUUUGCUGUAUGGUACCUUCUGGACUGUGUGGGAGCGCUCAACGCUGUUGUCCCGAGCUGUGAAACAACUAACCCAGCUCUUAGUACAGGCUGUCGUUGAGGACUACGCUGAGAGGGGUGAGAGGCAGAAGCUGCAUUUAGCCGACACUCUGCUGGACCUCCUGUCUGUGUUGGUGGAGUUCUGGUGUCAGCAGCACUUCAAGCUGAACCAGAACCUGGUGGAAAAGGGCCUAAAAGACCUAGCAGAGCACUUUGCUGUCAUCAGCCAGGAUGUGUCUCCAGAGGUUCUGGCAGAGCUGGUUGUCAGGAUUCGCUCUACCAGACUUAAGUUGAUGAUAGCAGAUGCCAUAUUUAGGAGUCUUUGCUGCAGAAGUGGAUUCACAGUUGGAGAUGAACCCCUCUCCUUUAAGAAAAUGGUGCUGUCCUACAUACCUGCUCUGGAAAAUUUAGCUCAGAGUCCCACCGGUGCUCGCCUCAGGACUGGACUCACCUCCCACAGCUGCACCAGCCAGGGGAUCGGCUGCAGUGCUCAGAGCUCUUUGGUGAAUGAAACGAGCAUGGAGAAAGAGAACAUCCCCAGAGGUUUGAACAGAGUCAACGCAGCAGGAGAGACCCUCCUCCACAGAGCUUGCAAGAGGAACCAAGUGGAGACGGUGCUUCAGAUCCUGUCGCUUCCUGGCACGGACGUCAACGUUAAAGACCAUGCAGGCUGGACACCUCUGCAUGAAGCAAGCAACCAUGGCAGCACUGCAUGUGUGGAGGCUUUGCUACGUCACUGCCCUGCCCCUGUACUAAAUAACCAGGUGGGUGGAGUCAGCCCACUUCACGACGCUGUGCUAAACGGACACAUGGACAUCGCCAAAAUGCUACUGGAGCAUGCAGGCUCAGUUAUCCUGCAGCAGAAUGAUGGUGACGGGCGGACUGCACUGGAUCUGGUCUCUGCAACGAGUCAGAGAGAGGAGCUCCUCCACAGCGCGCAUGUGGGAGACUCAGCCCUGAGAAACAACUUGACUGAGCCUCGAUUGAACCUGCCCCUCAUAGAGGCCGGAUCCUCUCUGCUGGCCCACCUCAUUUUCUCCUACCAGCAAGAGAGGGGUCUACCCGGCCAUGCGCAGCCCGGCGACCAAUCCCAGAGCUUGGGCCACACGCUGCUCAGGGCCCUGGAGACCCACUCCCACCAAACAGUGACUCUGGGCUGGACCAACCAGCGGGCGGUGAAGCUGGUAGAGGAUGCAGAGACACUGCUGGAGCUUGGCAGAGGGAGUUACCUGGGGCAGGUGUCCCUCGCAGUGAAAGAGUGCAAAGGAGAGAACACACAGUUCCUGAUGGAGAUACUGGAGGAUCUUAAGUCUCGGGGGGAAGCACUCGUGGCUGAUCUGUGAUGCGGGAUCAAUGGACAACACACUGAGAGUGAAUUGAAUGCACAACCUUUGAUUGAAUGUUAACAAAAGGGCAUCUGUGUCAAUUAUAUUCAAGUGUUAAUAUAUCAUCAUACAAUUCAUCAAGGCAUUAAAAUAUCUUCACAGGCAACAAACGUCUGUGAAGGUAGGACCUCCAAAAUAUGGGGGCCUUCGCCAAUAAUGUGUUUUUGAAUGUAGCUGCAUGUUCAUUUCUACAGAGCAACCUUUAUUGCUAUACCAUGGUUUGGAUAUAUUUCACUACCUUCUUUUAUAUUUCACAAAUGGAAAAAUUUAUUUAUUUUGAAUAGUCUUAUAGCAACACAAUACUUUUAUUUAGACUGUCACUACCUCAAGUUAUUGUUUUCUACAGCUACUUUUCUAAUGUUCAUAGGUGAUUUUAUUUAUUUUCUACGUUAACUAUUUAUAAUAAAAUAAAUAAAAAUAACUUUGCCGGUACACUUCAUAUCAAAUUGUUAAUAGAUUCUGAUAGCAAUACAUUUUAGAAAUAGUUGUUAAGAAUGUUCCACCAAUAAAUCAGGGGGAAAUGGCUACUGCAGUGUAUGGCUGAAAGGUUCUUUAACAAAUGGAGUGGCUUCAUGUGGGGGCCAGAGUGAAAAAGAGUAAAAAACAGUUGUGGCAGAAGUCAUCCUGGUCUGAGAUACUUGAGGCCACACAGACAACAGUGAGGAAUGAGCGGUUGAAGCCUGCUUGUUGGGGUGGGUGGAGCAGCCGAUGGAGCAACAAAGGCGAGGAGUCCCCCCAGUAGUCAGUACUGAGAUGAAUGGCCAUGUAUUUCCUUUGCUACUACCAGUAGGCUCAGGAAUGAGAUUGUUGAAGCUGAAACGACAUUUUGCAAUAAUCCAGACACACCAAAGAUGCUAAAAAAUAUUUAAUCUUGUGUUUGUUUUCUCCUUUUUUCUUUCAAAAUAAGCAACAUACAUCGGAUGCAUUUCAUUUC